AUGGGCAGUCCGGCCGCCCUGUCCGUCGCCUCGUCCGGGAUGAGGCAUCACCAGAGGUUGAGCGAAAAGUACCAGAAUCACAAGGAGCUCAACUCGCAGGCAUCUCGAAUCGAUACGUUUGAAACCCAAGGCUCCGCUUGGGAGGAGAAAGUCGAGAGACUCGAGUCCGACAAUGGCAGACUCCGCAAGAGACUGCAUGAUUACCGAGAAUACUUGAACGUGGCGGUCCAGGAACACCAGAGCCUUUACAGGCUUACACAGCAUCGCUGCGAAGAAGCGGUGGUCGACAUGCGCGAGAAUGGCAAGAACACCAAAGUAACGACCGAAGAGGCGUGCAAGAAAGCUGAGGGAGUGCAGACGCGACUGAUGAAUACAGUCAGAUCUGUCAGCGAUCAAGCCAAGGCUGAGGUCCUUGCGAAGGAUAUCAUCAUCGAGCAAUUCAGAGAGCAGCUUCAGGGGAGGGAGGCGGACCUCGAGCGCGAGCGAGAGCGCGGGCAGGACUCCCAACGGAUUGAAGAGCUCGCGGACUCGAUACAACGAGAUUUCAAUAUACAAGUCUCCAGCCUGAUGAGCAAGCUAGAGCCGCAAAUGGCCGGUUUCGUCAGGGAUGUUCAGCAGCGCAACAGUGAAGACAUUUCUAGACUCGAGGCUAUACUCCUGGAUGUGAGCAGCAGGCGCUCGCUCGAUGUCUCUGAGGCAGAUAGCUUGUCUGAUCUGGUGCAACUGGCCCAAAAGUCAUUACCAGUGUAG